AUGUUGCCGAAUUCAUCUUGUGCCUGUGAGCCGCAACACGCGUUGUUGGAGGAGGUCGAUGAGUCCAGUAGCUCACUGGCUGCUUCGGUGGUUGUCAUGAAUGCAUCGAGUGUCAAUGAAGUGCCUGAUCGUCGGUACGGCGGCGGCGUCUUAAUCUACGUUCGUUUACGCGAUCCUUCGGAAAAGGAUUUCAUCCAAAUCUUAACACCAGCCUCCCUCAGUUUCGAGUCCUUCAUUGGCAGGAUUUGCUUUCGUUUCAAAGUUCGACGAUCGGCCGUCAGAAAAGUCGUUAAAUUGCCGGAUAUUUUGCUCUGCACGACGGAGGACGUUAGCCGGCUGAAAGAAGGCGACCGGCUAGAAGUGGUUCUGAAUGACCAUGAUAGAAGGUGGACCGUUAAGGACUUGUGGCGAUUGAUGGCCAGCAUCCGCACUGACCUUCUGCUGGUGUUGCUGUGCGUCCUGCUGUUCGAUGUAUCGCAGAACCAACAUCGUCUGGCAGACACAUUGAAACAGUUGUCUAUAUACGUGCAUCAGGAUCGUUUUAUCGAUGUAGCCUCGGAAAUUCGUCGUAACUGUCGUCGACCUCUGAACGUAGCCGCCACUUGUUCCCAGCCUCCUUUUCCUUGUACGGAGGCGAUAAACACGUUGUUCACUUCGGUUAAACAGUCGUUAGAAAACCAGCUGCAGAACAUUCGUCGAGAAAUCAACAAAAUUAAUCCCUAUCCUGAGGAACUGAUGUUCGAUAUACCAAAGUCUCUGGAGACCGUUUCUUCAUAUCUUGUUCAGCUGACUGACCGCUUCAAAGGAAAAACAAAGUCGACUUCUAAGUUCAAGUAA